AUGCUCGGAAGAUGGAGACUGAGCGCCGUGCCGACAGCGCGGCGCAUCUCAUGGACUUCUCCGUCACGCCAACUACAGCGCGCAGUAUCUACCAAAAUCCUUUCUCGUCGCUCCACCAUUCGCGACGCGCGGGAACAAGACAGUGGCUCGCGUGUCGCUGUUGGUGGCUGGGUCAAGUCUGUGCGCAAACACAAGUCCGUAAGCUUCGUGAAUGUCAACGACGGCUCUUGUCUGGGCGAGCUACAGAUCACACUACCAUCUGCGGAGGCCGAGGGAGCUUCGGACGGGCCUCUUGCCAAGAUCGCUGACAUUACAGUCGGAUCCAGCGUCUUCGCGGAAGGUGAGCUACGCGAAGUUCCCGGCGGCAAGCAGAGACGCCUGGAGCUACAUCCCAGCAAACUCAAGAUUCUUGGCAAAUGCGACACACAGGCAUACCCACUGCAGAAGAAGUACCACUCGCUCGAGUUUCUACGUGAGAAGCUCCACUUGCGCGCACGCACCAACACCUUUGGCGCCGUCACUCGCGUUCGCAACGCUCUCGGCCAAGGACUGCACUCGUACUUCCAGGAGAAUGACUUUUUGCACCUACACAGUCCCAUCCUGACUUCGAACGACUGUGAGGGUGCCGGCGAGAUGUUCCGUAUCGCCAAAAUCGAUGGGAAGGACGAGGAGUUCUUUGGCACGCCGACGUACUUAACGGUGUCCGGCCAGCUUCAUGCUGAGAUGUAUGCCUCCGCUCUGAGCAAAGUGUACACCUUUGGCCCCACCUUCCGUGCGGAAAACAGCAACACUACUCGUCAUCUGGCAGAGUUCUGGAUGGUCGAGCCUGAGAUGGCAUUCGCGGGGCUUGAGGAGUGCGUUGCCUCAGCCCAGGGUGCUGUCCAGCGCUCUGUGUCCCAUGCAUUGAACACUUGUGCCGAAGACAUCGCGUUCUUCAACAAGAAUUACGACAAGAAAAUUGCCGAACGUCUUCAACGUGUGGUAGAAAAAGAAUUUGCCCGCUUAACCUACACGGAAGCUAUCGCCGUUCUUCAAAAGGCAGUGGCAGAAGGCAAGGGCAAGGUGAUCUUUGAAAAGAAACCUGAGUGGGGGAUGGAUCUGCAGACAGAGCACGAGCGGUUCCUAGCUGAAAAAUACGUUGGCGGCCCUGUCUUCGUGACGGACUACCCUGCAGAUAUCAAGGCAUUUUACAUGCGUAAGAAUGCCCCUGAUGAGCAGAACCGCGAGACCGUGGCUGGUAUGGACUUGCUGGUGCCGAAGAUCGGUGAACUCGUUGGCGGUAGUGUUCGCGAAGAGCGUUUCGAGGUACUGGAGAAGAAAAUGCGUCAUCUUGGUUUGCUCCCUGAAGAGGAUCUCGAUGAAGACGCGAUCGCUUCUGCUGGUGGCGAUCUGGACUGGUACUUAGACUUGCGCCGCUUCGGUUCAGUACCUCAUGCUGGUUGGGGCCUUGGCUUCGAGCGACUUGUGCUGUUCGCCACAGGCAUGGAUAACAUCCGCGAUGUGAUUCCAUUGCCUCGCUUCCCUGGCCAGUGCAAACACUAG